AAUUCAUAAAACAAAUCCUAAAAUUCAGUCAGUCACUUUUAUGUAACAGUUCAUCCCUGGCGGUCUGAGGUCGAAGAAACAAAAAAGAAGAAAAGAUAGGGUUAUAGUACGUUCUGCUUCUUUUCCGUUUAACGGCAUUAAGCUACUAGAACUAUACGACCUGUCUGUCGAAUGCUGUGAAAGGUUUAAUAGGCCGGAUAAUCCUAGUAGCUUAUACUUAAAAAAAUCUAAAGGUUAUCUGUGGUUAUGUCAGCAAACUGUCAAUUUAAUAAUCGAUAAAUAUUAAUAAAUAAAUACAAAAAUUAAACUUUGUGAAAAUGAUAAUUAAUAAAGAAACUUUUGUUGAUUUGCAAGAGAAAUAUGAAAAAGUAAUAAAGCUCUUGUCCGAGGGUCCUAAAUCGGAUCCAGAAAAUGAACCUUAUUUGUCUAAGUAUUCGGCAAGGCAGAUUUUAGUUGGGAUGAAAGCAAAUUUAGAAAAUUUACUAAGGUCUCGGGAAUCUGAAGCAACAGCCGAAAGUAUACAUUUAACGGCUAUGCAGGCUACAGUUUAUUAUUAUCUAGGAUUAGUUGCUAUCGAAACUGACGAGACUUCUACCGGCGAAAAGCAUCUUGAAAAAUGUAAAGAAAUUAUAGAAAAACACGAAAACACCCCAGAAGGCAUUUUGGUAUCUCUGAUGACAUAUAAUCAAUUUGGGAUACUGUGGUCCUUAAGAGAUUUAGAUAAAUCUAAAAUGUAUCUUGAGAAAGCAGAUAAACUAUAUGGAGAUUUUAUAAGCUCUAACAAAGUACCAAUCGACAUAAAAGAUUUAUUUGAAUCUAAUAUUGAAGUCUAUCAUGUAGCUAUAGCAUUUAAAAAUUUAGAGAAAGCUCACACAUUAACUUUAUAUUAUUUAGCUCAAAUUUUCGGGAAGUUAAACGAGGAUUUUAAGAGCGCAAUUUACUGUCAUAUCACCUUACAAAGACAGCUUGAAGCUGAUGAUUACGAUCCUAUCGAUUGGGCACUUAAUUCAGCAACUUUAUCACAAUUUUUUAUGCAGAAAUGUGGUUUUAAACAAGCGCGACACCACUUGGCGGCCGCAUCUUAUAUUUUAGAAAAAUACAAAAGAGAAGAACUAGUUCAGAAUUCUGUAGGAAAUGAAGAAUUUGAAGCAGCAUUAGAAACUUUUAAUCAUCGAAGUGCAGAUGUAGCAAGGUGUUGGACUAAAUAUGGAAUCUUUCUGCUUGGAAAAUCAAAAGAUAGGCUUUUAGCUCAUACAGAAAACAUAGACGAACAUUGUCAAAUGACUUCUGAUUUAUCUCUUAUGCAAUUGACAGAGGAUACUAAGAUAACCAGAGAAGAUUUGCAAAAUCUUUCAUUUACUGGUAUUGAUGUGACUGAUUUAGAGGAAGAAGUAACAGAUCAAUUUGUAUUAGAUUUUUCUUCUGCAAAAAAGGUUUUUCUCAAAACAUCCGAUUGGAUUAAGAAGUCUCAAGACUACUACAAUUUAGAUACAUUAGCUUCUGAUUAUAUUGAAACUAUUUUAGAUCAAAGUCAACUAUAUCUAAAUUUAUUGUUUUUUGAAGAUAAUCCAGAUAAUCAGUCCAAGUUACACAAAAGGAGAAUUGAUUUAUUGGAACAUGUCAUUAAUAAUGUAAACUCCCAAUAUUAUAUGAGUUACUGUAGACAAAUUUGGUUCGAACUUGGACAGAGUUAUUCAGAUAUUAUUGAUAUAAAACUGGACAAAUUACGAGAAUGCAAAGAUAGACCUAAACCUCAAGCAUUAAACAAAAUUAAUAUUUUAGUAGAAAAAAGUAUUAAAUAUUAUGAGACUUUUAUAUUCUCAUUUAAGGCGAAUAUUAGCGAAAAAGAAAAAAUUAUAGAUGAUGGAGAAAAAGCCUUUCUCAGGGCGUAUUUUUAUGUAGCUGCCUUAUAUGGAAGAUACAUUACUUUAGACAAAGCAACUCAAUUAAAAAAUACAGAAUUACAAUAUGAGCAUUACAAAUUUAUUGCAGAUUAUUGUGAAAAACAUACAAAGGCUCAAGAGCUAAUUCCGAUGGAAUUAAAUAUUUGCAAGGAAAUGAUUCUGCUUUUACCUGUUAAAAUAUUACGCACAAAACAACAACUGCAAGCGUAAUCUAUUAAUUAUUCUAUUUAUUGUCUUUACAUUGUUACUCAUUUUCUCUCAUAUUUUUAUAUUUUUUACAAAGUGAUUUUGUUAUAUGCCCUAGCUCUUGUACUUGCUUGAGAAAAUCAUGUUUAAAAAAUGGCAACUAUUUAUUUGUAAUAAAUUCUAAGGCGCAAUAUAUGUUAAUUAGUCUAAUGCUGUUCUAAUACCAAAUAAAUCUAUUCUAGUCUAA